UUUUUGAUCCGUUUGGUUGCCAAGAAAACGCAGUAGAAUUGUUUGCCUUCCAAUUCUAGAAAGUUUCUUGGCAACCAAACGGAGACUAAUGUGCAUGAUUUGGAUUAUUAGGCACGGCGGUUUGGAUAUGGUAGAGUUUAGAUCAUUUGUGUUUUAAGAUCGCUGGAGAUGGGAAUAUAUCUGAGCGCUCCGAAAACUGAUAAGGUGUCAGAAGAUGGUGAGAAUGAUAGACUGCGAUUUGGGGCUUCCUCCAUGCAGGGGUGGCGUUCAACCAUGGAAGAUGCUCAUGCUGCUUUUCCAGAUCUCGACAAUUCAACAUCUUUCUUUGGUGUUUAUGAUGGUCAUGGAGGUAAAGCGGUGGCAAAUUUCUGUGCCAAGUAUCUCCACUUACAAGUGCUCAACCAGGAAGCAUAUCUAGCUGGUGAUUUAGGCACUUCCCUGCAGAAAACUUUUCUCAGGAUGGAUGAGAUGAUGCGUGGACAGAGAGGAUGGAGAGAACUAGCUGUAUUGGGAGAUAAGAUAGACAAAGUUUCAGGCCUUAUUGAAGGGUUCAUCUUUUCUCCUAAGAGUGUUGAAGCUAAGAGAAGUGCAUUCAAUGAUCAAAUUGAUCAGUGGUCUUCUGAGGAGGGGCCUCACUCUGAUUUUGAUGGACCAAACUCUGGAAGCACAGCUUGUGUUGCUAUCAUCCGAAACAAUCAACUUGUUGUUGCCAAUGCUGGUGAUUCGCGUUGUGUAAUAUCGAGGAAGGGUCAGGCAUAUCCUUUGUCUAAAGAUCAUAAGCCUGACAUUGAGAAUGAGAAGGAUAGAAUUCUGAAGGCCGGUGGAUUUAUCCAAGUUGGACGGGUCAAUGGAAGUUUGAACUUGGCAAGAGCGAUUGGAGAUGUGGAAUUCAAGCAAAACAAACAAUUGCCUGUUGAAAAGCAGAUUGUAACUGCCAAUCCAGAUGUAACAAGUGUUGAGAUUUGUGAUGAUGAUGAGUUUCUUGUCAUCGCUUGUGAUGGGAUAUGGGACUGCAUGUCAAACCAACAACUUGUGGAUUAUGUUGGGGAACAAUUGAAACAUGAAAGUAAACUCUCGGUGGUUUGUGAGAGAGUGUUUGAAAGGUGCUUGGCACCCUCGACAGGUGGAGAAGGCUGUGACAACAUGACAAUGAUCUUGGUUCAGUUUAAGAAGCCUAUUAUUUCAACUGCUUCUACUGGGAACAAGCCUCUUUCGUCUAAUCCAUCACCUGAGAAGGACAAAAGCUCGGGAAAAGCUACAUAGGGGUUGACAUAGUGAUCUAAUGGCUAUUGAAAGACUAGGCAUUAUCUGAAAGUUAUGGCUUUGGUGAUUCAGAAACCAUAAAUUCAUUCGAAUUUGGAUUGAAUCCUCAUAACUGUACAUGUUCAUGGUAUUUUGCUUAGUAGUUUAGCUCGAGUUCUGUACAUGUGUCCUGAGAGUUUUGUCUCAUCGAGUUUUCUCCAGA